GUAAGGAGCAAGGAUGUAGGACCAUGUAUGAUCCUUCCGACUCAGUCGUGUGAGAGCCUCCUUAUGACAGCGUGAAUAAUGGGCAAAAAGAAGUACAUCAUUGGAUCCUGUGUAGUCGUGGUUAUAUUAAUGAUAGUAGUCUUAAUUUCCACAUCCUAUCACAAACUAGCCUCGGAUGAAAUUGGCUUACAAUAUGACGUGAUCAACAAGAAAUUGGGCUCCUCUGCAGAAAGAGAAGGGCUACACAAUGGACCUCCGGGGUUCGAGUUUAUCGUCUUUCCUAGCGUCUUCAGGUCUCUGGAAUUCUCUUUGAAGUGCUUAAACAAAGAUGGCGUCGAGAUUAAACUGGAUGUGACGUAUCAGUACAAAGUGCGCGCUGUCAAUUUACGCACGGUGAUUCUGGACUUCAGGAACUUCACUGGCUACAAGAAAGUGCUCACCUUUGCAGGCGAGGCGGCUCUCCACGAGGCGUGCAGCUACUUCAACACCUCACAGUUUCAGAGUCAAAGAGCUGAAUUUCAGGAGUUUGUCCGCAAGAAGCUUAUUGAGAGGUACAAUAUAUUGUACGCGGACAUCACCGACUUACAGGUGAGCAAUAUAGAGAGACCUCCGGAGUAUGAGAGCGCCAUCAGGAGCAAGGAAAGGGCCCGAGAGGACAUUCAGGUGGCUCUAAAUGAGAGACCGAGGCUGUUGACGGAAGCAGAGACGGCGAAACGUGAGGCGGAAACUCAGGCGGAAAUAAUCAAGAACAAGGCUGAGUCUGAUGCCAGAAUUCUGACCAACAAAGCCAAAACAGAAGCGAGUGGAAUUCUCCUUCAGUAUGAAAAAGAGGCGGAAUCCUAUCAAAGGAUUCUAGGGAACACGGGGUUAAACUUAACCACCGAGGGUUUCAUCUCGUACCUUGGGGUACGAGUGAUUGCUGACGCCAAGAACCCGGUCUACAUUGGACUACAGAGUCCGGCCAAGUCGUCCUACAACUAAAUUUGAAUGAUGCAGCAAGCUGUAUUGCUUUGAUUUUCGGAGGAGGAGGAGGAGGAGGAUAAUAGAGUUCAGUAACACUAUUCACACUGUCAAACCAUAGAGCGCUUAAUUAAUCUAUCAGUUAUGCAUUUGAUUUAAUAAAGCUGUGAUAUAUAUCUUCUUAAGUUCGUCAGUGCAAACUUAUAUUAAAAUGUCUAAUUUUUUUAUUUAAAGUGUAAUGUAUUGAAACAGCUAUUUGAAUAUCGAGUGUUAUCCUAUUUAUCUUUGUUGAAAAUGAAAACCUUUAUAUUUCACAGCGAAUGCUAUCACAUGCCAUAUAUAUUCUUUUAUUCUGUGUAACGAUUAAAAACGUUCACACAAA